AUGGACAAGCAAAUUCGCAACGAGGCUGGACCUGAGGCCGUGGCGGGUCCUGCAAAUGGAGACAGAGACGGCGACAGAGGGGCAACAAUGGAGGGACAGACGGAAGAGAAUAUCGCAGCGCCAGUAGUAUCCUCGUCCGAAUCCGCGAACGAAACCCUCAAUGGAUCAGCCGCCAGUGUCAACGAGACCGCAGCUCCAGCCGCGAAAGAGGGAACUUCUGGUGGGGAUCCAGAGGCUUCGCGCACAUCGUUGCAGACUGCUAUUAUUAUGAUCUCACUCUGUUCUUCUGUAUUUCUUGCAGCCCUCGAUACAACAAUCGUCACAACCGCCCUCCCAACAAUCAGCGAAUACUUCCACUCGAACGCUGGUUAUACCUGGAUUGGUUCCGCCUAUCUGCUCGCAAACGCAGCUAGCACACCGUCAUGGGGGAAGAUCAGUGACAUCUGGGGACGGAAACCUAUAUUACUCGUAGCAGCAGGCAUAUUCUUCAUCGGGAGCGUACUAUGCGCCACCAGCAUCAACAUCGGAAUGCUGAUUGCAUCCCGAGCAAUUCAAGGAAUUGGCGGAGGGGGUCUGAUUGUUCUAGUCAAUAUUUGCAUCUCCGACUUGUUUAGCAUGCGGAAUCGGGGCAAGUAUUUUGGUCUUGUAGGCAUGACUUGGGCUUUUGCUUCAGCCGUGGGACCGAUAUUGGGAGGAGUUUUCACUGAAAAGGUCUCGUGGAGAUGGUGUUUUUAUAUCAAUCUACCUAUUACUGGAACUGUGUUCAUCCUACUCUGCAUAUUCUUGCAUCUCGACAAUCCUAAAACGCCUGUUUGGGACGGUCUCAAGGCCGUUGAUUGGCUGGGAAGCUUGACAAUCGUUGGUGGUACCUUGAUGUUACUUCUCGGUCUAGAAUUCGGUGGUGUCUCAUUCUCGUGGGACUCCGUCACAGUCAUCUGCCUGAUCAUAUUUGGAGUUUUUGUUGCAAGUCUUUUCAUUCUCAACGAAUGGAAGUUCGCUCGCUACCCCAUUAUGCCUCUUCGUAUGUUCAAACAUCGAUCUGCAAUUGCCGCCCUAGGGACCUGUUUCUGUCAUGGUAUCGUCUUCAUUUCCGGAUCCUACUACCUGCCCCUUUACUUCCAAGCUGUCAUUGGCGCCACACCCCUCCUCUCCGGCGUGUAUACCCUGGCCUUUGCACUUUCCCUAUCCUUCACAUCAGUAGCUACUGGACUCUUCAUGAAGGCAACCGGUAAUUAUCUUCCACCAAUUUGGUUCGGCAUGACGAUCAUGGUCAUCGGGUGGGGCCUCUUCAUCGACCUAGACUCAACGGCCAACUGGCCAAAGAUCAUCCUCUUCCAAAUCGUAGCAGGAAUUGGUGUUGGCCCAAAUUUCCAAGCCCCCUUGAUUGCGCUUCAGAACUUCGUUGCACCACGAGAUAUCGCGACUGCGACUGCGACUUUUGGAUUCGUUCGCAGCUUGGCCACCGCUAUUGGGGUCGUCAUUGGUAGUGUCGUUUUUCAGAACGAAAUGCAAAACCAAUCCGCUUCAUUAGUCGCUUCGCUUGGCCCUGAGCUCGCUGGUGUACUUUCUGGUGGUUCGGCCGGCGCGAGUGUCGGUAUCGUGACUCAGCUUCCGCCGGCGCAGAGAGUCAUUGCUAGGCACGCUUUCUUUCAGUCUUUGAGGACGAUGUGGAUUAUGUUUGUUGCUUUCGCCGGCUUCGGCUUGCUUGUCAGCCUCCUCAUCACCAAACGGACGAUGAGCAAAGAACACCAGGUCGUCAAGACAGGCUUGGCGGAAGAAGAAGCGAAACGCAAGGAAGCGAAAGUCAACAGAGGCUUGUCGAGAGAUGCGAAGCGGGGAAAGAAAGAGGCGAUGAAGAGGGAGGGGAGGGAAAAGAGCGGAGAAGUGCUGCCGAAGGAGGAUGUUUGA